AUGGGCAAAGGUCCUCUGGAGCGGAAGCUCAAGUUCGAGAAACGCAAUACCGACUUGGUCAAACUCCCCAAAUGUGAGCUUUAUCCCACCCAUCUACCAGGCAUACUUGCGACAAUAGCCCCGAGACCACAAAUUCUAACGCUGGACACAGAUGCCAAGGUCGAGAAACGUCCCAUACCACAUGCGCCAGUUGCCUCUCCCUUUGCGGGAGCCUCAGUCCCCAAAGUUGUCUAUGUAUCCAGCAGCACGCCGUUCAUGAGCGCCGUCAAGCGCGUACAGAAGCUGCUCAUCCAAGCCGAGAAGCGCGCUACCGCCAAUAUCAGCCUCGAGGACACGCGCAAGAGCGAGCAGCAAAUUCUCGAUGAGCUGUCUAAAGUGUCAGAGAAGCGGGAAGAGGUUUUCGUCAAGGCAACUGGACGCGCGAUUGAGAAGGCAUUGAAUGUUGGCAAAUGGUUCGAAGAGAAGAAUACGCAGUACAUUGUGCGCGUCAACACAGGGAGCGUGCUUGUUGUGGAUGAUGUUGUUGAAGAUGAGGAGAAGAAACAGAAACACCAAGCACAAUCACAACAGCAAUCAGAGGGGCAGAGCCAAAGUGGUUCCGGCACCGAUUCCAAGACAGAGUCACAGACGACUGCGACAAAGAGAAAGCAUCAAGAUGUCCCUGCGGGCAGUGACGAUGAAUUGCCCGAGAGCCGAACACGUUGGAUCAAGAUGGUCGAAGUUGCUGUAACUCUGAAGUGA